GUGGCUGUGGUGGGAAGGGGGUUUAUUCCUUUGCAUUUGAAGCUUACCCGACUACGACGAUUGUUUCUGAUGGCAUUCUAGUGGUUAUUGUUUUGUACAAUCGUGGUUGCGAGUGAGUAUGGGGUGGAAAGCCGAGGUGAUAAGAGGACCUGUCAACCCCGCAAAUGGAAAAUGAUAAGGAUCUUUCUUUCUUUUCUUAUCCACGGUUGAUCACUUCCCAGCCUACCGAUAAUGCGCCAUUUUUGCUCAAUAUGUGGUGUCCUGAUCCGUUCCUGCGCAGCCGAGGAUGACAUGGGCCCUCCUGUCGAUGAUCUGGAAUGGUACUAAUUGAUCCGGGCCUUCUAUAAAGAAUGGUCUGAGGGCAUUGCCAAAGUCACUGGGGUCGGAUAUCUCAACACCUUGAAUCAACCCGUUGUGCCCAUGAUCUUCAACGAGUUUUAUUGGCAGCCCAAUGUUUAUAUAGACAACUCUGUCCCGUUCCCUAAUGGUAGUCCGCACUGUCGCACGUACUUAGUCCAUGAAGCGUGCUGGAGGGUCCUGCUCGAUCGAACUUUGUAUGGCAACCCUUUCACAGAUUUUGUGGCCGUCGCACUGGCGCAGCUGUUUUGGGGCGCCUCUCUGUACAGGCAGUACUCCUAUAUCCGAAGACAUGAUUACGGAGGAUCAACUGAAUUCUGGGAUACUGAAGGUGAUCCAAUGGAAGCGAUGACACAGGGAGGAUAUGGGCAUUGCGCUGUUGAACCUUCGGGGUUUGUCAAUAUUGAGGACCUUUUGAGCUGUCUUGGUCCUGAGAUUCCAGUCGAAAUUCCUGCUACUUCUCCUAUAACUUCCACGUCGAGGCUCGAACAUGGCUCUGGCCAGUUUGCUAAGCUUCCUGUAGAGGUUAUUCACAUGCUCUUGACAUGGUUGCAGUCAGAUGACAUCCAGCGCCUGCGUCUAGCAUCCCGGCCAGUCGCUUCAGCAUCCCAUCCGGACCAACUCCCGCAGUUCUUUUGGCAUGGCCGAUUCUUUCCAGAUUUUGAAAUGGGGUUCGCAAUGCCAAUUCGCACAGAAUGGUUCCAUGACUGGCGGUCUCUUUACUUUAGAGUCAAAUGCGGCCUGAAGACGCAUAGCUUUGACCGUCUCGUGAAUCGAAAGAGGGUGUGGAACUUUAUUUGCAAAGAGGAAGAUUGGUAUCAGAAGCUUUAUACAGGCAGCGAUAAUGAAUUAGGUUUGGGUUUGCUCCGAUAGUGGUCACGAGCUGCAAUAAUACGAUAUACCUG